GUUUUACCUUCGCUUUCUCAUUACGACGCCGUCUUCACGCAUUGCCGAAGUUGACUACUUUAGAGUUUUCCUCUCUUUACUUGUUCCCACCUUUUCAUUCCUUGCUUUUUUCUGUAGGCUUUCUCAUGUUGUAAAUUAUAGCCAAAAAGAAAACUUUUCGUAUUUUUAAGUUCGGGUAUCUCUCUAUCUCUUUUCUGGGUAUUGAAUUUCUCAUGUAAAGAAGAUGUCUUUUAGCUGUGCUUCUGCGAUGUCGGAUUCAAAGAGUAGGACAUGCCUCUGCAGUCUCUUUGUUGUAGCUUCUUUGUUUUGUGGUGCUUAUUUCAUUGGUAGUGGAUUUAUCGCUAAGGAAUACAACGAUAGAUUGUCGAGAUGGGAGGUUAUUGAUAUGCUUCAGAGCUCGAAAUCUGCUAUGUGCAAGGUUCGGUGUCGGCCUCCUGGAAGCGAGGCAUUACCUGAAGGAAUUGUAGUCAAAACAUCAAACCUAGAAAUGAGACCUUUAUGGAGCGACACUGUGGAACCUGGUAAUCUAGAGCCAUCUGCAAACUUGUUAGCCAUUGCUGUUGGAAUUAAACAAAAGGAAAUUGUGGAUCGAAUCAUUAAAAAGUUUCCUGCAAGAGAUUUUGUUGUGAUGCUUUUCCACUAUGAUGGUGUUGUGGAUGAAUGGAGAGAUUUGGAAUGGAACGACCGGGCCAUACAUUUAUCUGCAGUGAAUCAAACAAAAUGGUGGUUUGCCAAACGUUUCUUGCAUCCGGAUAUAGUUUCCGAAUACAAGUAUGUAUUCCUCUGGGAUGAAGACCUUGGUGUAGAUAACUUUGAUCCGACACAAUAUUUGUCUAUUGUUGAAGAUGAGGGACUCGAGAUAUCACAACCUGCACUAGAUCCUGCUAAGUCCGACGUGCAUCAUCAAAUCACAGCACGCAAAAGGAACUCAAAAUUGCACAGAAGGAUAUACAAGUUUAAAGGCAGUGGAAGGUGCGAUAGCCGCAGCACUGCUCCUCCUUGUAUCGGAUGGGUGGAAAUGAUGGCCCCGGUGUUCUCAAGAGCUGCCUGGCGCUGUGCUUGGUAUAUGAUCCAGAAUGAUUUGAUCCAUGCUUGGGGCCUCGACAAGCAGCUCGGUUAUUGUGCACAAGGUGAUCGUAUGAAAAAUGUCGGAGUGGUUGAUGCCCAGUACAUAGUUCAUUUGGGUCUUCCAACACUAGGUGUCGUGGCCAAAACUGAGUUAAAUUCCACGCAAAUGAACAUUACUCGGACUCAGACGGAGCACCUCUCUAACCAAGAAGCAUCGGCACCAUCAGAAUCCCAUACAGUCGACAAUAGACCAGAAGUGAGAAGACAGUCCUUCAUCGAAAUGCAAACGUUCCGUAAAAGAUGGGAAAAUGCUGUCAAGGAAGACAAAUGUUGGAUUGACCCUUACCCACAAUCAUCACUUAACUAAAGCACCAACUUCAAACAUGUACGUCUUUUUCUCGUGGCGAAUUUGUGAGAGAUAACCGUAGUCAGUGAACAGCUUGGUAUAUGAAAUCACCAACUUCGGAACCACUGCGAGUAAAGGAGCCUUUUAUCAUAGAUAUUUGAUGCUCGUAAU